AUGGGAGACUCGUAUCGCCCAGCGCGGCGCCCGCCACCGCUUGUAGACCGUAUGACCUUCACUGGCAAUGAUCGCGACAACUAUCGACCAGGCGGCGCGCGCAACGGCAACCAGCCCCAAUUCACUUUCGAGUCUAGCCAUCCUGCCCCCCGCUUUCCGCCUGCUGGAGACUCCAAUGUACCGCGUGGCCCUGCGUCAUCAAGAAGGCGCGGCCGUGGUGGGGCCUCGCGAGGCUCGUCUCGUGCGGAUGGCAGGAACAACGCAAACGGCUACCGUCGGGGCGGUUUCAAGAAGGCCGCCCCUCAUGAGCGCGCCCUUCUUAAACACCAAGACGAGGGUAGUCCGGAGCGCGCACUGGGUGUCGGAGACGGUCCUAACCGGUUUCUCAACCCGGAUGACCUGUCUGAUGACGAAGAAGCAGAUAUGUCAGUAGAGAGUGGCGACUCUGCCGAUGAAGAUCGCGAAGGUGGUGCGCGGGAGCCCAAGGCAGCCCGGACGCAAACCAAGCGUGCUGAUGGCGACUCUGUUCCUAAGUGGUCCAACCCUGACCCGUACACUGCCUUGCCGCCUCCCGAUGAGACCACAGGCAAGAGAACCGACUUUGUCAAGUUGAUUCGAAAAGCAAAGAACGAAGAGGCAGAGAAGACUGCCGGACACAACUCAGUUGUUGCCAACGACGACUUCAUCUCGUUUGGUGACGAUGAUGACGACAAUGAUCCUGAUACUGUUCAAGGCUCCUUGAGCGAAAUCGCACACAUUGACAGCAUUGUUAAUAGGCAACAAGCUGCGCUAGCCGAACAUCGGGCACCUCGUCCCGCGAGGAAUAACAACAAGCGCAAAGUCACCAUGAGCGGUGUAGUAGAUGAAUGGUUGCCCGUCCCUAACAUCAAUCCAACGCCGUGGCUGCCCUCACGCGACCCUUACGCACAUCUUGCUACCGAACCCGAGAAGUGGCUUCACAACGAGAUUCUCGACUUCUAUGACUUCGUCGCGCCCAAGCCCUUCGAGCACGAACAGCGUAAUAGGCUGGUCAACCGUGUCAACAGCGCCAUGGGCCAACGCAGGUUUCCUCAAGAGAACGGACGCAUCUUGUGUUUCGGUUCCUUCCCUGCAGGUCUCUACUUGCCCACAGCCGAUAUGGAUUUGGUAUAUGUCUCCGAUAGGCAUUACAACGGUGGAGAGGCCGUCGUGGACAUGUCUGGGAGGAACGCCAACAAGAGUCUGCUUUACAAGGCAGCCAGGAGGCUUAAAGACACCAAAUUGGCCGCCAAUGGCCAUGCUCAGGUCAUUCCUGCGCGUGUUCCCAUUAUCAAGUUCGAAGACGCUCUCACGGGGCUUCAAGUUGACAUCUCUUUCGAGAAUUUGAGCGGAGUGCAAGCGCAAGCCACAUUCGCACAGUGGAAGCAACAGUAUCCGGACAUGAUAUAUAUGGUAGCACUCAUGAAGCAGUUCCUUGUUAUGCAUGGACUGAACGAAGUUCAUACUGGCGGAAUUGGAGGGUACAGUAUCAUUUGCUUAAUUGUCAGCUAUAUUCAGCAUUCCCCUAAACCGGACAACCUCGGAGAAUGUUUCCUAGGAUUCCUAAGGUACUACGGCGAUUUUGAUUUGGCCCGGAAACGCAUCCAGAUGCAUCCGCCAGCGAUCAUUGAAAAGACCAACUAUGGCAUUGAUGGCCGCCCAGAGAGGUACGACGGUCUUUCCAUCCAGGAUCCUAACCGUCCCGAAAACAACAUCUCUGGUGGAUCCCACAAGGUUCAGCUUGCAUUUGAUGCCUUCAAAGAAGCGUACCUCACCCUCGAAGACCGCAUGCAGGCCGCCCGCUCUGGACAGAACAUCGGGCCCAGCAUUCUAGAAUGUGUCUUUGGCGGUAACUACGAAACAUACACAAAGCAACGAGACCACAUGAGGAAACUCAAGUGA